AUGGCGGCCAGCACCGGAGGCGUGUCCGAAGAGGAGGGGGCGUGGUCACCGCCGGGUCCUCACCUGGGCAUGGCCGGGGACUUCGGGUCCUCCGCCGUGCCCGGUGUCCGGCCCGGCCCCACGCGUGCCCCGCGAGUGGGCGGGGGGUGCGCGGGGGCAGAGACUGCCGGGGAUGAAGGGGCAGAAGCACCCAGGGGUGCCGGGGGCGAGGCCGGGGAUGGCGGUGGCGAUGCCGAGGCAGGGACAGCCGGGGGCACCGGAGGGGGUACCGAGGAGGGCCCCGGGGGAGAAGCGGCACCAGCAGCAGCGGGCAACACCCGGCGCCGACAGGAGCCCACUUGGCUUCAGGACGAGGACGACGAGCUGUGGCCUGAGUUCCCUCCCUGCUCGUCCCCAGAGGGGGCCACCAGCCCCACGACCCCCACGACCCCCACGUCCCCUGUAUCCCCCACAUCCCCCACAUCCCCUAUGUCCCCAGCAGCCCCAAAGUCCCCCACAGCUGGCACCACCGAGGACGCGGGGGGCAGCAAGAGGGCUGCUCCAGCGGGGGGACCACGGGACAAGGCAGCCCCCGGCUCGGCAGGACAGAGGCUGAGGCUGGAGGGGGCCGGGGGACGGCCACGAGUGGGGUCCCGGGCACAGGGGCGCUCUGCCAUCCUGGAGAAAUUCGGAGGGGGGCGUACGUGUACACGCACUUGGCUGCCGGUGCCCGACGCCAAGUGCGUGUACACGUACGUGCAGGAGCUGUACCGCUGCCUGGUGGCCAAGGGGCUCGUCAAGACCAAGAAGCGCUGAGAGGGUCCCCCACACCCCCCCACCUGUGCCAUCCCCCUCUUUGUCCCCCAGCAGUAAAGGCCAUGGUGCCAGCAGGUGGUGGCUUCGUCUCUGGAGGGAGGAACGCUGGCGCCACGCGAGUGUCCGGGCAUUGUCACCAAGCUGGGCACCAGGAGGGUGACAUCCCCCAGGGCUGGCACGUGGCGGGC